GUUCAAUCUCUAUUGCGGCAUCUCCGCGCGCGCAGGGCCGUUUUAUAAUAUUUGUGUCGCGCUCUGCGAUAUGGGGACUGUGCUCUCUAUAUCACCUAUAGUAACUAAAGGGACCAUUCUGCGAGAUGGAGGAGACGAAGCCAACGGGAAAAUAGAGAAAAGCCUUAAAAAACAGUCAGUGAUCGUGUCCACGCUCACAUUUAAGCGACUAGUGACUGCAUCAUGUAAGAACAAAAGUGCCAAGAAAGUAAGUCCGAAUCCUCUUCCUCUGCCAGCGAGCAGCGACAGUCAAGUCGAGCAUCUGAAUCACGAGAACUUAAGGAAAUCGCAACAGUCCGAGAAGAAAACUAAAAAUGGACCUGUUGCGGUGCCCAUUCCCACGGUUCCUCACCAUCUGGACCAGGAUCAGGACCAGUUCACUCCAGCGGCGAAGCAACUGGUGUCGGUUCAGAAGCAGCCCAGCAGCCGGUCGCUCGUCUCGCCGAGGCGCGUGAUCGUCCAGGCCUCCACCGGGGAGCUGCUCCGUUGCCUGGGUGAAUUCCUGUGCAAACGAUGCUGCAAAGUCAAGGAACUCACCCCAAAUGAGGUUAUCCUCUGGUUCCGGAAUGUGGACAGGACUCUAUUGUUGCAGGGCUGGCAGGACCACGGGUUCAUUACGCCUGCCAACCUCGUGUUCGUCUAUCUGCUCGUUAGGGAAACUGUAACCGAUGAUGUUGACAAUCCACGUGAACUCCAAGGGACCUUUCUUACCUGCCUCUAUCUGGCGUAUUCCUACAUAGGGAACGAAAUCUCGUACCCUCUCAAGCCCUUCAUGGUCGACACCAAUAAGGACGUGUUCUGGGAUCGUUCGUUAGAUGUCAUCGAUAAACUGAGCGGUAAAAUGCUGCAGAUUAACAUAGAUCCGCACUUUUUCACAGAGGUUUUUCAAGACUUAAAAAACAAAGGAGAUUAUAAGAAGGAUGGAAGCGAACUGGACCGCUGAGUAUGAUCAGAAUCUGAGCAGAGAUCAAUUACUGCUGAUUUAUUGGAUGUAAUUGUAAUCAGCUCUGCCUGACUGUUGCAUUGCACCAUGAGCCGAUUUAUCAAUUUAGUAUUUAUGACACUGUUGUGUUGGCUUUGUUUUACCAGUAUUUAGUUGCCCGGUGAAGUGAUUUAUAAUAGCCAACAUCGCUUUACCGGUGGAGCUGCAGUUUUACGCAUGUCGUAUAGAUACAUCAGUGAUUCACAGUCAUUCAUAAAAAGGGAAGGCACAACGUUUAUUAACUGUCAGUCUGUCAUUUCUAAAUUAUCUGGGUCUCUAUCCUCCUGGGACCUAAAGAAAUGUUGUAUUUUUUAUGUAUGCAUUAGAUUUGUUUUACAUAAUUUAAGUGAUUGGUGUAGCCCAACAAACAUAGUAAUCAUUUAGUUCUAAAAAUAUAUACUAUUUAUGGAAUAUUGUAUUGGCCACAUUAUUAUUAAAAAGUCUGGACGUUUAUAUCAAGGCUUGAAAGAUACUGUGGACAAUUGACUGGGUUUCAGUGGGAUAGCUCCAUUUGAAGAGAUGAAUGGAACUAUCCAAGGUGCUGACCUGUUUGUGCUCAAUUACUCUAUUGACAGACGCCUGUCUCCAGCCAUUCUGGAUUUGAAACUUGAAAGUGUUUUCUCUUCACUGAGACGUGCCAAUUCAUGUGUGAUCUUACUGUUUUGAUCCAUUCACAUUGGUUUGAGUAAAAUGGGCAGAUCGUGCUUGGAGUUCAUUUUAUACUGCGACGUGAUUCUUCAGUGCUCUUGCUUGAACGAAAUAAAACCAUGUCUGCCUGGUUUUCUUGAUCGAUGAUGAACGCAUCGAGCUCAUUAAUGCACUGACCACGUGCCAUUUGACUAAAUAUUAUGAUAAGAUUAUAUAGCAUCCAUUUCAACUUCGCAGUCUAACUUCAGCUGAUCUUUGGUUCACUAAAACUCCAAAUCUCUUACACGCAGUCACUUUUCUUAUACUUUUUAGUGUAAUUUACAGGCUACAUUCUUUCUCUCUGUUUACUUUACGUGUUGGUUAUUUUUUAUUUUUAUUUUAUUAUUUAUUUGUUUGCCCUUGUAAUCGUUUCCCUUUGAUUCCUAAUCAUAUAUUUUUAAUUAAAUUAAUUUAGCUUACAUUAAUUAUCAAUCUACAGUUACUUUACAGAUGGAUCAAUCCUGUUUAGGACUUCACUCCCAGGCUAGCCUACGUCAUUUUUUUCUGUGGGCUUUUUCAUCAUCAACCAAUCCCGUUCAACCCUGAGCGAGUCUCGCAGAGUUGUGAAUAAAAUACUCGACAUGAAUGAUCUUCGAGUUCAUUGGCCGGGAUUUGCUGCAGUCUGUGAGAGGGAACCGUUCCUCUGGGUCAGCGGAAGACAUGUGAAUUGGGGCUUCAUCUCUCUAGUCUGUCGCAAUAGUAACCGCAGGCUCGCUCAUUCACAGCACUGCAUGCAGAACCUCGCACGCUUUGUCUUAAAGCCACAUGCACACUAGAAAUAUACGUCAAGGAGGCUAUUUUGUGUCAAGUAGUUUUCAAGUAAGAAAUUAGCUACCAAUCAACACCUGUUCCAGUUUUGUAACUAUUUUUUAAAGCUUCUGUUGUACGCAUCUAUCUGUCUGUCAGUCUAUCUGUCUGUCUACAUUUAAAAAUAGAUAUUUUGAAGUUGUAUAUAAGAUUACUGGAGUACUUUUUACAAUAAAA